UCUAGUACUGGUGAUUUGGUAGUAAAGUCAGUACUGGACAUUAAUGAAUAUCAGAAGAGAAGAAUACAAGAUGCUGUAGGGAAGUGGAUGGAGGAAGGGAGUGUUGAUCUAACUGUUACUCGUGUUAAUAUGCUUGGUGCUCCUGGAGCUGGUAAAACCUGUUCACAGCUCCUCCUACUAAAUGAAGACCCACCCACUAAUGACACCAGUACACCCAUCGCCUGCCCUGCCGUUAGAGCUAUAAGAGUUGCCGUUUGCGAUAAAACAAUUUGGAAUCGAGUUACUCGAGACAAAUUACUCGACCAAUUAGCAGCGGAUUUGGAAUCAGCUUCACUUGAAAACAAAACAAAAGAGCCUCCCCUGCCCGUAGUCUUCACUUUGCUAGAUAAUACUCAACCACCAACAGAAAUACGACCAGAUCCAUCUCCUACUCCACAGAAGAAGCCUGAUCAAGCAGUUUCAUCAAAGGCGAAAGUUAUCAAAGAAGACAAAGAGUAUCAUACCGAAGCAGUCGUCCAGGAAAUUUUAGCGAGUCAACCGAAAGGGAUUCGUAAAAGCGAUCAUUGGCUGUACAUUAUUGAUUCCGGUGGUCAGCCAGCAUACCAGGAGUUACUGCCUUUAUUCACUAGAGCAGCUUCUCUCAAUAUAAUAACACUGGAUCUAUCUAAGCCUUUCAAUGAGAGGUUUGAUCUGGAGUACAGGAUCGAUGGACAAUACUUCCCAUGCCACUCCAAGUCAACUCAGUUAGCAUUCUUCCAGUCUGCAGUUUCGACUGGAGCUAGUUUUAAGCCUCUUGAUAUUUCCUGCAUCUCCAAGAAACCGACACACUCCAUGCAUCUUGUAUUGGGAACACAUUAUGACAAGGUGAGCGAUGCUACUCUAAAAGAAAAGGAAGAGAUUCUAAAGUCUUCAAUGUCUUCAUUGGAAUCUUACUUGCAAAAUUGCGUUAUUCAUCAAUCUGAUGAUGAUUCCAUCAUAUUUCCUGUCAACACGAUUGCUGAAUCAGAAGAAAGAGCUAAAUACAGUGAAGAGAUUUGCAAG